UGGCAGGACGCACAACACCGCCGAAUAGCGGACAUAGACCUAGAGCUCGCCUUAAGGCCACUCCCGGCAUAUCUUCUCUCCUUCCUUCCUUCCGCCGGCAUCAGCAUCGGCCAAACAGGACGGUAUCUCAGCCAGGAUCCGACGCCCGCUCAGCCUGAAGAAUUCCCGUCGCAGGGUGUGCAACUGGGCUGGACGUGGAGGCAAAUGGUGCGGAGUGAUCGGCGUAACGCAAGCCAUGGAGUGGGCUUGGCUAGAGUCAUUCGCACUGGGCCUUCUCAAGACGAACUUCUUUCUUCACGUUCUCUUCGUCGUCUGACAGACUCGGAUCCAAUCUCCCGUGCCCUGUGAACUUCUUGUCUGAAGUUCCAGGCGUGAUGUAUUUAUUCCCACGGCCAUGAUACACUCCGCUUCCGCAAGUACGACGUCGAACCUUUCGUUGAACAAAAGGGAGAGCCUCCGAGACGUAGCUUCCCGUGCACCUCUGCCGGGCCAUAUAUUCACUUGUCAGUUCCGUUCCACUGCGAUUCGGAGUUCCGGGUCCUUGUAUUACCUAAUAUGGCAGUGGCGGUGCAUCGUGAGUAUAAAGCGGCGUCCGCCGAGAUUUGUACCUCGUCCAGACCCUAGACGACGAGAGAAAGGUUCCUUGUUUUCUCUCAGUCUCUACUCUUCGAGAGACAAGGCCCUGGCAGACGGAUCCUCCCCUUGAGUUCGAACGACUUAUUUUGUCCCGUGGGUUGCUCGAAAUUAGGUGGCAGACACAAUCUUGUAUCGUACAUUUGUUGUAUCCGGUCUUUUUUCGAAAUCAUAUUGAUCCUCCGCUAAGAGCUCGCGACCUCGGAUGCGCAGCAGCGAGGCUGAGUAGAACGCCUUGCGGACAACGCGUUUUUGGUUUGAUAGAGCGACUCGUGUUUACUCAACUUGCCUCCUUCCGCCAUGCAAACUGCCGUCGAAAACGUGGUCGCUGAAUCCAACUCUACGGCCGAGGCGUCGAGCUCUCUGGGUCAGUUGCUGAGCGUGUCGAAAAUCGUUCUCCAGCAAGGAAUUGACCUACUGGACAACCAUAUCUCGUCAAACGACCAGCUAUCCAUCCACUCCCAAUACCUCCCCGGGUCGACAAUCGGGAAGCAUCUGCGCCAUUCAAGAGAUCACUUCGAACUCCUGAUGGACUCGAUUUGCGAUUCGUCUUCCACUCCCCAUGUCUUCUCCUAUGAUGUUAGAAGGCGGAACACUCCCAUGGAGCAGGACCAGGGCGCUGCUAAGCAAGCCUUGCUAGAAACUGUCAAGCGAUUGGAAACUAUCGUUCCGAGCGCGGACCCUCGUACGGCCAUGUCUCUGCAAGCAGUGACACCCUAUCUCCAGGAAUUUGAGACGACCUUUGGGCGAGAGGCAAGUCGAUUGGAAUGUUGCCUGUCUCAUUGUUUCACGAGUAUUAGUUAUGGUUUGCGGUACUUCACUGUGUUCAUCACUGGUCUAUGGUCCGCGUCAUCGCCGGGGAGCUCAAAAUCAAGCUCGCAGAUGACUUUGGAUUCGCUCCCUCCACUCUCGUCUACCAGGGUUCGUCUGGCCUUUCUUCGUCUUCCUGACCCUUGGAUCAACGGAUGUAGGACGAGAGAGUGCCCCAUUAGGAAAAGCGAAAAUAUAGUGUAGCGUUGUAGCUAUUCCUCACUUCCUGAUUACCAUACUUGCAUAUACGCCUGUGUACUUACUACUCGCCCUUUUGGGAUUCCAUUCAGCUGCUUGUCGCGUGCGAUCAAUGGUGGCGAUACACCUAGCUUCAUCAACAACCACUCACAUCCAUCCACCUUCCUUAAUUAUGAGGCUCUGACGAACGCGACUACAAUCAUAAAAAUGGCACAUAUGAUUCCUCUCGAAGGAGAGACGAACAAGAAGCGUGUUUGUUACUUCUUCGAUUCCGACAUUGGAGGUUUCCAUUAUGGACCUGGGCACCCUAUGAAACCCACUCGCAUACGAAUGUGCCAUUCUCUUGUCAUGAACUACGGUUUGUACAAGAAAAUGGAGAUCUUCGCGAGUAAUCGACUCUCGGCAUCCGUCUCUCUACUUAUACAAUUCCCAGCGAGCCAAACCUGCGACCAAGCGCGAAAUGACGCAAUUCCACUCUGAUGAAUACAUCGACUUUCUGAACCGCAUCACUCCCAGCAACAUGAACUCGUAUGUCAAAGAGCAGCACAAAUAUAACGUGGGCGAUGACUGCCCGGUGUUUGAUGGCUUGUUCGAAUACUGUUCGAUCUCUGCCGGAGGCUCGAUGGAGGGAGCUGCUCGAUUGAGUCGAGACAAGUGUGAUAUUGCGAUCAAUUGGGCUGGCGGGCUUCAUCAUGCGAAGAAAACAGAAGCGAGCGGUUUCUGCUACGUCAAUGACAUUGUCUUAGGCAUCCUCGAACUUCUUCGAUAUCAUACCCGCGUUUUGUACAUCGACAUUGAUGUCCAUCAUGGAGAUGGCGUUGAGGAAGCCUUUUAUACGACUGAUCGCGUUAUGACUGUUAGUUUCCACAAGUACGGAGAAUACUUCCCUGGAACAGGCGAACUCAGAGAUAUUGGGGUCAUGAAGGGCAAGAACUAUGCCCUCAACUUCCCUCUACGCGACGGAAUUUCGGACGAGAACUACAAAUCUGUUUUCGAGCCUGUGAUCCAACAAGUGAUGGAUACAUAUGAUCCGUCAGCCAUUGUACUGCAGUGCGGGACAGACUCACUCUCCGGUGAUAAAUUGGGCUGUCUUAAUUUGUCUAUGCGAGGCCAUGCGAACUGUGUCAAGUUCGUCAAGUCGUUCAAUCGGCCGCUACUCUUGCUUGGAGGAGGUGGAUAUACCAUGCGUAAUGUGAGUCGGGCAUGGGCUUAUGAGACGGGAUUGGCUGCCGGAGUCGAACUUGGGCCUGAGAUCCCGGUCAACGAAUACUACGAGUACUUUGGACCCGACUAUGAGCUGGAUGUCAAGUCAUCGAAUACCGACGACCUGAACACCCCAGCAUAUCUUGAUCGGGUGAAACGCAUCGUCAUGGAGAAUCUGCGUCACACUGGAGGUCCACCAAGUGUCCAGAUGAGUGACAUCCCCUCUCUGCCAAUCGACAUGGAAUUGGAUGAUCCUAACCGAGACGAAGAUCUCAUUCCUGCUGAUACGCGCCGACACCGCAGACUGCUAGAUUCUCGAAGGCAAGCUGACGGAGAACUGUCCGACUCAGAUGACGAGGGCGACGGCGGUCGCACGAACCAUGCCAAUCACAGACUUGCCGACAGCACCACUCGUUCGGCAGGAAAUGAGGCUGCAGCAGGCCGCAAAUUCGGCAUCAUGGCAUCUGGGCCCUCUGCAUCAGGUGCCGGGCCCAGUGGCCGCACGAGAGUUCUGUCCUCGGGGUCUGUGCCCCAGAUGGAUGUCGAUAGUACAGCCAGUACUCCACCCUCGCAGAAUGGUACCGCCACUGCCAUGGUAGUAGAUAGCACUGGCACGUCCUCUUAGCUUUCGAUGUUUUUGUGCCGUUGUACUUAUCCCUGUAUAUGUUGUCGUAUCUUGAAUCUUCUUACGCAUCAGAUAGUCUUGGAUAGGUUGCCGA